AUGACCUCUUUCAUUAGUCCUCAACAUUCGUUAGCCAACAUUUCUCUGGAAGGUGAUAGCAGCUCACGUAAGGCAGCUGGGAUCGUGGUUCUUAGAGACGUUGAAAUUGGUCUUAAGAAUGCACCAAAGCAGAGGCGUCUUGGUGGGUUGUUUGCCAACAAGACAAAGAUAUCCGCUACAUUUGAAUUAGGAAGUCGAAAACUCGAGACCAUAACCGUCCCCUUAGAUGAAGCAAAAUCGGCCCAAUGGAAUGAACACAUGUUGUUGGAGGUGUAUCCUCCAACCUCAACUAUUCUCUCUGUGGUUUGCUUCAAUGCUAACGAGAGGGGGGUGAAUGCGAUUAUGGGAGAAUGCAGAGUAGAUCUCACCAAAUAUCGUAUUUUGAAUGAUAUGUUCCCGGUCGUCGUAGUAGAAAAUCUAAAUAGCCAUAAUGAAAUAGUCGGCCAGGUUCGUUUCCAGAUGGUUCUUAUGCUUCCAGGUCCCCCGCGGACUCUUGCUCAGGAUGUAUUAGCAUCAGAUUUAAAAGGACAACGUAUUGCUAUGGCCGUCAUUCGCAACGUUAAAAGCUCUAGGAUGAUCCGUCACGAUGCACAUCUAGAGUUUUCUUUAUCUAGCGAACAUGAACCAGCAUCGACAUAUACAACUCAUCCGUUCUGGAAGGUAUCCGAUCGGGAAUGGAAACGUCCGAUUUGUAUGGACUUGGUGGCGUCUGGGGAUGUCGUACUGACGGUCAGAUGCAAGACAAGCCCUUCGGCUAAAGCUACGUCCAGGACGGUUAUUCGUAUUUUUUCAAAUAUUGCUGUUUGGUCUGAACUUGCCAAGGGUUCAUUUGCUGAUGGUUGCGGCGUUAAUAUUGGUCAAGCAAGGUUUCUAGAGGCCGGUGGAGCUGCGGGCGUUGUUGAAAUUGAACUAUCUAUUCACGAACUGGCGACUUGGGACACGAUUCUUGGAGAUGACAGAUGCUACUCUUUUGAUCAGCCAACGAGGCAUAUGACAAUGACGUCUUAUCAUAAGGAUGGUAACUUUUCAGAAGACUCUGGAGUAGGUUUUCGAAAGUUAAGCGAAAGGACGAUGUCAACAAUAAACAACAGCGUGCGCUACGCGCUUAGGGACGAACCGGUUGGUUAUCCGAGCACUGAUGGCGAUUAUUCUCUGAGUCGUGAAACUUCAAGGGCGACGCUCAGAAGUACCGUUGAAUGCAGAGGAACUCGGCCCGUUUUGUCCCAGCCUGGCUACGACAUUCCCAUCACGAGUUCUCCAGACCACAGCACGUUAUCGUCACCGACGUCGAGUCAAAUAUGUUUACCAUCGUCGGAAGUCAGGCCAUCAGAUAAGCGAACAGACACUUACAGUACUCCGGUGUCCCCCGCUGAUGGAACAUUUAUUUACAGGACAGAUUCUUUACACACUACGAGUUCAUAUGAUAAGCAAUUCCAACUACCUAUAGAAAGUGCUAUUGGGAGUUUAGUUUGUACACUUUACAGAAUACAGGCACCUCUAGAGUUUCCACGGGAGUCAGUGGAUCCGCAACAGCAUUUGCAUAGGAACAGGUUAUAUUUGGCCAUCCACUACUGCGAACAAGUCGCAGUGGUAGUCAAAUUGUUCAAUAGCAUGAAUUUAUGGCAUAACGAAAACAAGUACCUCGAUGAAUUACGAAGCAAUCAUGUAGUUAAAUGGAAGGGUUACAGCUUUGAACAGGGAUUAAACGGAUAUGUAACUGUCACCAAAUAUUACGCCGGGAAAUCCCUGUUAGCUGAAGCGGAUAGAUAUGCAGCCGAGACCGCAUUUAAGCCUAUUUUUGAGCGCAUUUGUCAGGCGGUCAGUUUCAUUCAUGAGAAGGGUGUUGUGCAUCUAGAUCUGAAACCAUCAAACAUUAUCUUUGAAUCCAGAACGUCUAAGAAAAUUCGGAUAUGUGAUUUUGAAUUUGCACGGCCUGCCGGGACGGAAGCCCCUGAAAUGUACUUUGACAAUCACCUCACGCCUGGGUUUUCUGCACCGGAACUUUUCCAAAAACACGUCAUUGCAGACUUUUCUGCCGACGUGUUUAGCCUUGGCUGUAUAUUCUACUACAUAACUCGCAGAAGGCCUUUGUUCGAGACAGAGCAAGAUUUGAAACGACCGGUCCUCUCCCCAGUUGACGGAGAAAUCCAAGAUGAAGAUGCAGCCCGGUUAAUCACAUCGAUGUUAGAUAGGGAUCCUCGCGCGAGACCGUCAAUACAAGAAGUUUUACAAGAUCCAUAUUUUGUAGAUGCUUAUGAUAGUCAUAGAUUUAGCAGAUUUUAG